AUGUUUUUAACAACAGUAUUACUCCGAAAGAGAAUUCCUGGAAAACAGUGGAUUGGAAAAUACAGAUUUAGAGCGGUUACUCUUUCAAUGAAACAAGCAAUGAUCCGAAGGCUGGAAAUUGAAGCAGAGAAUGAAUAUUGGCUGAGUCGACCUUACCUGACGCGGCAACAGGAGUACAAACAUAACACAGAAGAGAGACGUGCAAGAUGGGAAGCUUACAAAAGGCUGAUGACAGCCAAGUUCCCUGAGCAUAGAUAUAUGAGUGAUCAUUUAGACCACUUAAAUGUGACAAAAAAGUGGGCAUCUUGA